AUGGUGCAGGACAUUAAUAGAGGAGAAAAUCACAGCCUAAAAUUAGUCAGUUUCAACUGUAAGUCACUGAAGCGUUCGGUGGAUAGUGUUAGGAGUUUAUGCGGGACAGCGGACGUGGUAGCAUUACAAGAGACCUGGCUGCUGCCAUUUGACCUCUCCUAUCUUAGCACCGUGCAUGACGAUUUCGAGUCUACAGGGACGUCGGCUGUAGAUACGGGCCGUGGCAUUUUGCAUGGCCGUCCUCACGGAGGUGUCGCUCUAUUAUGGCUUAAGAAUGUGUUUACAUCAGUGACUGUAGUAAAGUGUAGUAGUGUCAGUGACCCAAAGGACCUUUCUCCCUUGUCCCCAGGGCACUUCCUUGUGGGACGACAGCUGACAUCGCUGCCGACUCCGCCAGGCGACGUGAAUGGUGACAUACGAACACGGUACCAGCUAAUCGACCAACUCCGAAGCCAUUUUUGGGACCGAUGGAGCCAUGAGUACAUAUCCGGUUUACAAGAACGAACGAAGUGCCGCCUUAAGAAGAAGGAACUAAAACCAGGGGAUAUGGUCGUCUUUAAAGAAGAAAAUCUACCGCCCCUAAAGUGGAGAUUGGCAAGGGUCCAUCAGUUAUAUCCUGGAUCCGAUGGAGUCUGCAGAGUGGCGGAUUUUAUCACUUACCGCGGCAUCGAGCGCCGAGGCUUAAACAGAGUGUGCCCUCUGCCAGUGGACGACGGUCUUGAAAGUCUUGAAAGAACCACCUUUCAAGGGGGGCAGAUUGGUAACGCCCAUCAC